AUGGAGGUGCCACCGUCUGUGGAGAUCACCGACGGGCAGCGCCUUGAGACUGAGCAGCUGCAGGACGAGAGCAGUAUGGAUGGAGUACAACAGAGUGGGGGGCAGGAGACAGGGGAGCAGCAGACAGGGGAGCAGCAGAUUGGGGAGCAGCAGACAGGGGAGCAGCAGAUUGGGGAGCAGCAGACAGGGGAGCAGCAGAUUGGGGAGCAGCAGACAGGGGAGCAGCAGAUUGGGGAGCAGCAGACAGGGGAGCAGCAGAUUGGGGAGCAGCAGACAGGGGAGCCGCAGACAGGGGAGCAGGAGAUGUGGGGAAUUAGAGAUGGUGGUCGUGUUGGUUGA